CUCUUUCUCUGAAACUCUGUCUGCAGUUCAUGAACUCUGUGAAGAAAGGAACCCAGAGAGAGGAGACGCCAUGAGUCUGACUGCAGCACUGAGAGGAUUUGUUGUUGUUCUUUGCUGGUUUGCAGCAGCGCAGAGUGAAGAAGGCUGGAACGUGAGAUACUACCAAACUGAAAUCUGUGUGAAUAAAGGAUCAACUGUGAUCAUGAGGAGCUAUUAUAAUUAUCCAGCAGAGAUAAACAGAGUAAGAACUACUGUUGAGAAAAGCUUCUGGUUCAUCAGAACUGGAGCAGAACCUGUGGAUCUAAAAGAAGAUCCAGAAUACAAAGAUAGAGUGACGUACAGCAGAAAUAGAAAGAGCUGUGAACUGCAAAUCUAUGAAGUGAGAGAGAGGGACUCUGGAGUUUAUAAGUUCAGAUUCAUAACAAACCAUGUGACUGGACGUUACACUGGAGAACCUGGAGUGAGAUUAACUGUCGAAGAGCUCCAGGUUCAGGUCAUUUCCAGAUCAGACCACCAGGAAUAUUCAGACCUUCAGCUAAAAUGUUUCAACAAAUGUGAUCCAGAUGGUUUUUACAGAUAUGUCUGGUUCAGAAACGGAGAAGAAACCAGAUCAAUGAUUCUGUAUAAAAACAGUCAGAUGUUCCGACGCUGGACUUCUUCCACAGACAGGAUCUCUUGUGCUCUGAGUUCAUCAAAGAUGCAUCGUAGUCCUGAAGUUUAUCCUCCAGAAACCUCCUCUGUGUCUGUGAGUCCCUCCGCUGAGGUCCUGGAGGGCAGUUCAGUGACUCUGACCUGCAGCAGUGAUGCUAACCCAGCAGCUAACUACACCUGGUUCAAGAUGAGAAAUUCAAACAUAAAAGUUCUCUCUGUAGGUCCACAGUUUGUCUUCAGUUCCAUCCAGUCCACAGAUUCUGGAGAAUAUUACUGUAAAGCUGAGAACCAGCUGGGUUGGAAAAUAUCAUUCUUUACACUUGAGGUGAAAUAUGCUCCAAAAAAUAUCUCUGUCUCUGUGAAUCCUCCUGAGAUCCUGGAGGGCAGUUCAGUGACUCUGACCUGCAGCAGUGAUGCUAACCCAGCAGCUAGCUUCACCUGGUUAAAAGACAACCAGAACCAUCUAAUGCUGCAAAUGUUUAUCAUCUUCCCCUCCAUCAACAUAAACGACAGUGGGAUCUACGUGUGUAAAUCUGAGAACAGACAUGGAUGGAUCAACUCAUCUGUACACGUUGAUGUUCUGUACGCUCCAAGGUUUCCGUCCGCCUCCAUCAGUGGGUCUGGACAGAUCCUGGAAGGAGAUUCAGUGACUCUGACCUGCAGCAGUGAUGCUAACCCAGCAGCUAACUUCACCUGGCUCAAGGAGAACAAAGACUCUCUGAAAUCAGAAGAACAAAUGUUCACCAUCAGUGACAUCAUAGCAGAAGAUGGAGGGCUUUACAUCUGUGUGGCUCAGAACAAACUGGGGCAGCAGAACGCCACUGUUCAAGUGUCGGUUGGAUCAGGUUCAGUGGGUUUAGUUGCUGCUUGGUCGAUCCCUGCUGUUCUUCUGACUCUCAUGUUCUUGGCUGUUUUAUUCCUGAAGGUCUUCAGAAGGAGAUCCUCAGAAGAACCUUCAGUGAUCAGGAGUCAGGAUGAAGAUGCUCAGAAACUUGAAGGUUCGGGGCGUGACGGACUGACCUCCAGACAUCCAGCAGAGGAUCAGGUGGAGAUUCAGUACGCCACCGUGACCUUCACCAAGAGGCAGGAGGAUCCUCUCUACUCCAACAUCAAUCCAGUCAAAGCAAAGAGAAGACGGGACAGUCAUGAGGACAAAGAGGACGUGGUCUACAGUGUGAUCACAUCAUCCAGUAAUCCAGUUGAUGGAAUGAAUCGUCUGUAUGAAAUAAAAAAGUUUUCUCCUUUAUAAUCCAGACACAUCUGUAUGUUAAUCUGCAGCUUCAGUCCAGGAAAUGUACGGUAUUUACAGCAAUGUCUUCUUUGAAAAAAGAUCAUAUUCAGUUUUAAAUGUGUCUUCUCUGCAUCAAAAAGUAUUUUUCAUGGCCAAAAUAGCUGUUGUGUUUGCAUUUGCAUUUUAUAAUGUUUUUACAUUCUUUAUCUUAAGUAGGCUUAUUGGAUUGCACUUUUGUGUUUUCUUAUAGAUAUCUAAAUGUACCUA